AGUUGGCAACAGUGCUGCUCCCGUUUCCUGGCGGAGAAGAUGGCGGCUCCUGGUCCAGGGGAGUAUUUCAGCGUCGGGAGCCGUGUCUCCUGCAUCACCUGCCUGGGCCAGCGCCUACAGGGAGAGGUCGUCGCUUUUGACUACCCUUCCAAGAUGCUGACUUUGAAAUGUGCCCCGUCCAGCGGUAAACCCAAUCUCAGCGACGUGGUGCUUGUUAACUUGGCCUACGUGUCUGAUGUGGACGUCAUCAGUGACCGCGCUGAAACUCCUCCCCCUUUAGCAGCUCUCAAUUUUAACAAGCUUGUGAAUAGAGCACGGGCGGAAAAGGAAGAGAAGUUGUUGCAAGCUUAUGCAGUUAGUGCUGGGGUAUCUGUAGAGGGCCAACAGCUGUUCCAGGCCAUUCAUAAAACCAUCAAAGACUGCAAAUGGCAAGAGAAAAAUAUCAUGGUGAUGGAUGAUGUGGUCAUCAGUCCGCCGUACCAAGUGGACAACUGUAAAGGCAAAGAGGGCAGCGCUUUAAGCCACGUGCGGAAAAUAGUCGAGAAACAUUUUCGAGAUCUGGAGAGCCAGAAAUCAGUGCAGCAUUCACAGCAAGCUCAACAAACACAGAAAGACUCUGCUUUAUCAUCAUGAGCCCAGGCUCAGAAAGAGGAAACAUUAUGCUGACAAAGGAAGUGUUGUUUGGUUUAAAUUAAUAUUUUCUGAUGCUUUUUCUUUUUUUUGUUCUAACCAGUCACCAUAUAAAGGUUGAGAUAGCUGAUACUCAGCAUUUUGAGCAGGGAUGAUGGUCCUACAUAUCUGAAGAGGAAAAACUGCUUCCACUGACAAAAGAGAGGGCAAAAAUAGUGUGCCGUCUUAGGAAAUCAUUUCAUAUAGACAACGUUUGACUUCCCUUCCAACGUCACUCCCCUGAAUCCCAUUCUGUUUUUUUCCUCCUGUCAUCAAAUAACACACUUGUUCAUUUCAUCUUGCUUGGAUAGCAACAAAGAAAUCACAUGUUCUCCUCCAAUCCAUGAUCUUCCUUUCUACCACCACAAAAUGUGGCACUAAGUGUGUGAGGGUAGAACAAAAACUAUUUUCCUAACUUCUAAAGCCUUUCAGAUUGGAUAAAUGCAGUUUGACUUCCUUAGCGCUCAUGCAGGGUUUAGUUUUUAGUUUUAGAUUUAGAUUGACUGAGAGCUGAAGGUGGAGUAAGGGGAAAUUGAAUUGCACUUAGCAUCUACCCAACAUCUCAUUUUCCAAAACACUAUAUAUAUAUAUAUA